UCUAUUUUGCUUCACCUCCCCCCAGACAAACGUGUUGAUGAUUGGCCCUUGAUGCAGUCUCCAUUUCCAACACUGACUAUAAGCACUAUUUAUCUCCUCACUGUCUGGCUGGGCCCCAAAUGGAUGAAGACAAGAGAGCCCUUCCAGUUACGUUUCCUGUUGGUUGUUUACAACUUUGGAAUGGUUCUACUCAACUUCUUCAUUUUCAAAGAGCUGUUUUUGUCAUCAAGAGCUCGAGGAUACAGCUAUGUCUGCCAGUCUGUGGAUUAUUCAGAUAAUGUUUAUGAAGUUAGGAUAGCUGCUGCUUUAUGGUGGUAUUAUGUCUCUAAAGGAAUUGAAUAUUUGGAUACAGUAUUCUUCAUCCUGAGGAAGAAAUUUAACCAAAUUAGUUUCCUUCAUGUCUAUCACCAUUUCACCAUGUUCACCUUGUGGUGGAUUGGUAUUAAGUGGGUUGCAGGUGGACAAGCUUUUUUUGGAGCUCAGAUGAACUCGUUUAUUCAUGUCAUUAUGUACAUGUAUUAUGGAUUAGCUGCCUGUGGCCCUAAAUUUCAGAAAUACCUGUGGUGGAAACGAUACUUGACCAUAUUGCAAUUGGUGCAGUUCCACGUGACUAUUGGCCACACAGCCUUGUCUAUUUAUAUUGAUUGUCCUUUCCCUAAAUGGAUGCACUGGGGUGUAAUUUUCUAUGCUAUCACCUUCAUUUUCCUGUUUGGUAACUUCUACUAUCGGACAUAUAAGCUGCCCAAAGAACCAGUAAAGAACGGCAAAAUAGCAAAUGGUGCUGUUGCAAAUGGAGUAAGCAAACCAGAAAAUAAUGCAGUGUUGGAAAAUGGAAAAAAGCAGAAAAAGGGAAAAGCAAAAGGAGAGUAACUUGAUCCAGGCCUUAACCAUUGUUGGCAGUGAGGAACCUCCAGUUUGGUUUAUAAAAGGAAGAAAAAAAACACUAUCUGUACCAAUUAACCUUAGGUUACUGAAGAGCUAGAACACAGAUAUUUUCAUUAUUUAUGAAGAUUGUUUUAAGAACAACACUAAAAUUGAAUUUCUAUUGUAAUUAUGUAAUUAUCAUGCAUAUGGUCUCUGUGUAAACUUGUAGACUGCUGGUGUUGGUGAAUGUAAGGAAGAAUUGCAGUUGAUUCCAUGUUUAGCAGUCCAGAAGUUAAUACUACCAUUGAUACAGGCAGUUUUGUUGGCACCCACAUUUCUUUGGGGAGGGAGGGGAAGGAAGUAGCAUUUGGAAACUUGUGUUUUCUUUCCAGAAAAUCAUUAAAUUUAAAAUUCUGACGUAUUAUCUAAUCAGAAUGCGCAACUUUUCUUGUCUUGUUGGAGACUAUCUUCAGACACAUUAUUAUGUUUAUGUGCUGUCAGAACAGUGUUUGACUUUUCAGACAUUACUUGAUUUAACUGAGUGUCUGUUACAGGUGUUUUGUUUUUCUCUUGUGUGGAAAUAUACCUACCUCUUCAUCUGCUGAAAAGAAUAUUGAGCAUUAAAUAACUGGUUUCUGA